GAAUUCCUGAACUGACUCCACUCACAACACACCAAUUGGAAAUAGUAUUUGUGGCAAGAACCAGUUUGGCUUGUAGCGAGCAUUAAUCAGCAUCGUUCGAAUGUUUAAAUUAGACCGUUCCUUUAGUUUUUUCGCUAAUGCUUGCAGAUGGCCACUUGAGCUGCCGCCAGUAGUUUAUUUCUCACAUUAUCCUUAGCACAAACGUAACAUUAUAAUGCUCAGUUCUCAUAAGAUACCGGUAACAGUCAAAGUCGAGAUCAAUGUUUUACUGCUACUUGUUACUCUUCUCGGACUGCUGACCAGGCUGUACGGGAUUCAGUUUCCAAGAGCUGUUGUGUUUGAUGAGGUUUAUUAUGGACAGUUUGUAUCUCUCUAUAUGAAACAAGUAUUUUUCGUUGACGAGAGUGGACCACCAUUUGGCCAUAUGAUACUUGCGCUUGGAGCCUAUCUGGGAGGAUUUGAUGGCAACUUUGUCUGGAACAGAAUAGGAGCAGAAUACUCCAAUAACGUACCUGUUUGGAGCCUCAGAGUAAUUCCGGCCCUAUCAGGCGCUUUGUGUGUGCCACUGGGGUAUCUGUUGAUGCAAGAGUUGGGUUAUUCCCAUCUUGUUGCUUUAAUGGCAUCAGUGCUUCUCUUGCUUGAGAACUCACUGAUUGUCCAGUCUCGCUUCAUGUUACUGGAGUCUAUUCUCAUUUUUUUCCUGCUGCUUGCUGUGGUUUCCUAUCUCCGUUAUUGUAAAGCUCCAAAUGAUUCAUCAGUCAGGUGGGUAUGGCUGGCACUGUCGGGUGUGGCAAGUUCUUGUGCUAUCGGAGUGAAAUACAUGGGUCUGUUCACCUACCUGCUGCUUUUGGGCUUGGCAACUGUUCAUGUCUGGAAGCUCAUAGGAGACAAGUCGUUAAACAUGGCCGUGGUUGUGAAGCAGGUUGUUGCACAGUUUUUUGCCCUGAUUGUGCUGCCAGUGGUCCUCUACCUGGUUUUCUUCUACGCCCAUCUAAGCAUUCUCUAUCACAGUGGGCCACAUGACCAGAUGAUGAGCAGCGCUUUUCAGGCCAGUCUGGAGGGUGGGCUAGCGAGAAUCACAAAGGGUCAGCCUCUGGAGGUGGCAUAUGGCUCUCAGGUGACCCUCCGCAGUAUCUCCAGCAAACCUGUUCCAUGCUGGCUACAUUCUCACAAGGCGAAUUACCCUAUAAGGUAUGAAAAUGGUCGUGGCAGUUCACAUCAACAGCAGGUAACUUGUUACCCUUUUAAAGAUGUCAACAACUGGUGGAUAAUCAAAGAUCCAAGAAGACAAGACCUGGUGGUUAGUAGUCCUCCCAGAGUGGUCCAUCAUGGAGAUGUCAUUCAGCUUCUUCAUGGAAUGACCUCACGUUUCCUCAAUACGCAUGAUGUUGCUGCUCCCAUGAGUCCUCACUCACAGGAGGUGUCAUGUUACAUCGACUUCAAUGUGUCCAUGCCGGUUCAGAAUCUUUGGAGAGUGGAUAUACUAAACAGAGAGUCCGAGAGAGAGAGCUGGAAAACUAUUUUGUCAGAAGUGCGAUUGGUCCAUGUCAACACAUCAGCUGUGCUGAAGCUUAGUGGAACCUCUUUGCCAGACUGGGGGUUCAGGCAGCUGGAGGUGAUUGGCGAUAAAGUCUAUAAGGGCUACCAACAGACUGGCAUGUGGAAUGUUGAGGAGCAUCGCUACGGAAGGAGUCAUGAACAGAAAGAGAGGGAACUGGAACUCAAUUCUCCCACUCAUAUCGACAUCAGCUGCAACCUCAGCUUCAUCGCCAGGUUUUUAGAACUCCAGUGGCGAAUGCUGUCUGUGAAAGCUGAGGAGUCUGAACACAAGUAUAGCUCUUCACCUGUAGAAUGGAUCACCAUGGAUACCAACAUUGCAUAUUGGCUUCAUCCUUCAAACAAUGCUCAGAUUCACCUCAUUGGAAACUUUGUAACUUGGACAUUGGCAAACAUUGCAUUGGCUGUGUAUUGUCUGUUGUUCUUGGCAUAUCUCUUGAGAAGACGCAGAAAAAUACAAGAUAUUCCUGAAGCAAGCUGGGCUCAGAUGGUCCAGGCUGGAGCUGUGUGUGCCGGAGGCUGGGCUGUGAACUACCUCCCUUUCUUCACAAUGGAGAAAACACUUUUUCUUUACCACUACCUGCCAGCGCUCACCUUCCAGAUCUUACUCGUCCCAGUUGUCCUGGAACACGUUCACUCUCAUAUCCUCAGAGGUCUUUGGUCAAGGAUGUCCACGAUACUGGUGAACCUGUGCACAUGAAACUUACACUGUUUUUGCAGAAUAAUGUGAAAAUAGUUAACUUAAGAACUUAAAGGUAAAGUUAAAAGGUAAGUUGGUCCUUUAAGGGGAGUAUCACCCUUGCUAAUUGAGCCACUCAUUAGGAGUCACUCCUAAAAAAUCUAGCACUUCAAUGGAGCAGUAGAUGCAACACGAGCGGAACACUUCAGUUACGUGACUAGUGUAGCUUUCCACAUAGGCUACAAAUUUAUAUUUGGUAGGUGUACACUUGGUCACAUUUAUUCACAUCCCCUAAUGUUGUUGUGGUCAAAAUUACUGCAAGACAACUAGUGUGAGACUGCAGCUUUAUUCACGACGCCGGGAGCAUGUUACACACAUGAAAUGUCAAAGUAACAAGCCCAC